AUGGCUUCUGAUGCGAGUCACGUGCUGGAAGCUGCCCUGGAGCAGAUGGACGGGAUCAUUGCAGGCACUAACAUGGAGGUAGAUAUUAGCGAUGGUACCUGUGAGCCUGGACUGGCCUCCGCGGCUUCCUACAUGAACCCCAUCCCGUUGCUCCAUCUCAUCGAGGACUUGAGGCUGGCCCUGGAGAUGCUGGAGCAUUCUCAGGAGAGAGCAGCCCUCCUGAGCCAGAUCCCAGGUCCCACAGCUGCCUACAUAAAGGAGUGGUUCGAGGAGAGCUUGUCCCAGGUCAAUCACCACAGUGCUGCUAGUAAUGAAACGUACCAGGAGCGCUUAGCACGUCUAGAAGGAGAUAAGGAGUCCCUCAUAUUACAGGUGAGUGUCCUCACAGACCAAGUGGAAGCCCAAGGAGAGAAGAUUCGGGACCUGGAGGUGUGCCUGGAAGGGCACCAGGUGAAACUCAAUGCUGCUGAAGAGAUGCUUCAACAGGAGCUGCUAAGUCGUACAUCUCUUGAGACUCAGAAGCUCGAUCUGAUGACUGAAGUGUCUGAGCUGAAGCUCAAGCUGGUGGGCAUGGAGAAGGAGCAGAGAGAGCAGGAAGAGAAGCAGAAAAAAGCAGAGGAGUUACUGCAAGAACUCCGGCACCUCAAAAUCAAGGUGGAAGAGUUGGAAAAUGAACGGAACCAGUAUGAAUGGAAACUGAAGGCCACCAAGGCUGAGGUAGCCCAGCUGCAAGAGCAGGUAGCCCUGAAGGAUGCAGAAAUUGAGCGUCUGCACAGUCAGCUCUCCCGGACUGCAGCUCUGCACAGUGACCAUGCAGAGAAAGACCAAGAAAUCCAACGUCUGAAAAUGGGGAUGGAAACUUUGCUUGUUGCCAAUGAAGAUAAGGACCGUCGGAUAGAGGAGCUUACUGGGCUGUUAAACCAGUACCGAAGGGUGAAGGAGAUCGUGAUGGCAACUCAAGGGCCUUCAGAAAGAACUCUCUCAAUCAAUGAGGAAGAACUGGAGGGAGGUUUCAGAAACUGGAACACUGCAAAUAAAGGCCCUGAAGAACUUUUUAAACCAGAGGUAUCUCCAAGAGGUAGCUCUCCCACGGCGGGGCCACCCCCGCUACCGCAGAAAUCACUGGAAACCAGGGCUCAGAAAAAACUCUCCUGUAGUCUCGAAGACCUGAGAAGUGAAUCCGUGGAUAAGUGCGUCGGUGGGAGCCAGCUGUCCCCAGUGGUAGAACCCAAGGACGGCCCUUUCCUGGUGGAGCACAAGUACCCCACGUUACCUGGGAAGCUUUCAGGAGCCACGCCCAACGGAGAGGCUGCCAGAGCUUCUCCCACUGCCUCCCCACAUGACCCUGCAGGGAGCGGCCUGCUGAGGCUGAGAGACACAGAAAGCGGUUGGGACGACACUGCUGUGGUCAGUGACCUCUCAUCCAUGUCAUCGGGCACCGAGUCCAGCCCCCAGUCUCCCCUGACACCAGAUGGUAAACGGAGCCCCAAAGGCAUCAAGAAAUUCUGGGGAAAAAUCCGAAGGACUCAGUCAGGAAAUUUCAACACCGAUGCCCCAGGGGUGACCGAGUUUCGACGAGGUGGACUCCGGGCAACUGCAGGGCCAAGACUCUCUAGGACCAGAGACCCCAAGGGUCAGAAAAGUGACGCCAGCGCCCCCUUCGCCCGGUGGAGCACAGAGCGUGUGUGCGCGUGGCUGGAGGACGUCGGCCUGGCUCAGUACGUGAUGUUUGCCAGGCAGUGGGUGACCUCUGGCCACACGCUACUGACAGCUACCCCUCAGGACAUGGAAAAGGAGCUGGGAAUUAAGCACCCUCUUCAUAGGAAGAAGCUGGUUUUAGCAGUGAAAGCCAUCAACACCAAGCAGGAGGAGAAGUCUGCACUACUGGACCACAUCUGGGUGACACGUUGGCUUGAUGAUAUUGGCUUACCCCAGUACAAAGACCAGUUUCAUGAGUCCAGAGUCGACGGGCGAAUGCUGCAGUACCUAACUGUGAAUGAUCUACUUUUCCUAAAAGUCACCAGCCAACUACAUCAUCUCAGCAUCAAAUGUGCCAUUCACGUGCUGCAUGUCAACAAGUUCAACCCUCACUGCCUGCACCGGCGGCCAGCUAAUGAGAGUAACCUUUCUCCUUCAGAAGUUGUGCAGUGGUCCAACCACAGGGUGAUGGAAUGGUUGCGGUCCGUGGACCUGGCGGAAUAUGCGCCCAACCUUCGUGGGAGUGGUGUCCACGGAGGUCUCAUUAUCCUGGAGCCCCGCUUCACUGGGGACACGCUGGCCAUGCUUCUCAACAUCCCACCACAAAAGACACUCCUCAGGCGCCACCUGACCACCAAAUUCAAUGCCUUGAUUGGCCCUGAGGCUGAGCAGGAGAAGCGAGAGAAAAUGACUUCACCUGCUUACAUGCCACUGACCACCACAGCCAAAGUCCGGCCAAGGAAACUGGGAUUUUCACAUUUUGGAAACAUAAGAAAAAAGAAGUUCGAUGAAUCGACAGACUACAUUUGCCCAGUGGAGCCCAGCAACGGUGUCGGUGACAGUCACAGGGUCUGUAUUGGCUACCAGGGCCUCAGCCCCCUCGAUGCCCCUGAACUGGACGGGCUGGACCAGGUGGGACAGAUUAGCUGA